AUGCUUUCUUUCACUCGUCAAAACUUCGAAACUUGGUAUGGAGUAUCCUUCAAAACCAUCGCUGGAGAAUCACGGUCCGUCACUGAGGAAAUGACAGCGCCAUGGUCGGAGACAACAUUACCAACCAUUCUCUCCCGCUAUCCUCUGGAAGACAUUUUUAAUGCCGACGAAUUUGGGCUUUUCUUUCAAUGCCUUCCCAAUAAAACUUUGCAUAUGAAAGGUGAUAAGUGUUCUGGAGGAAAACACAGCAAAGUUAGACUUACUGGUUUAGCUGCUGGUAAUGCCUUGGGGGAACGAUUGCCAAUGUUUGUAAUCGGCAAGUCCGCCAACCCUCGUUGCUUUAAAGGUGUCAAAACACUACCCUGUCGAUACCGUUCGCAAAAGAAGAGUUGGAUGUCUGGAGAGCUGUUCGAAGAGUGGGUACGCGAGCUUGAUCGAAAAUUCUCUGUCUCUAAGCGAAAAAUUGCUUUGAUUAUUGACAAUUGUACCGCACAUCCUCAUGUUGAAAACCUGGAAUGGGUAGAAUUGAUCUUUCUUCCUCCAAAUACCACGUCCCGAACCCAACCUAUGGACCAAGGAAUUAUCCGCGCCCUGAAAGCAAAAUAUCGAUCGCUAGCAGUGCGGAAAUUGAUAAAAGCCUUGGACGAGGAAAAAUCGACUCCGAAGUUCUCGAUUCUUGCAGCUAUGUACAUGCUAAGGAAAGCAUGGGAUGAUGUUUCCAACAAAACAUUCACCAAUUGCUUUCGAAAAUCAGGAAUUUCCCAAAAGGAUGCAGAAAGAGCGAUCAACGAAGAUGACGACCCUUUUAAAAGUUUAACCAGCGAAGUAGAAGAAGACCCAAUUCCAACCCUCGAUGCUGAACUCUCUUACAUAAAACGAAGUCAGUACAUCCCAUGGGCGUCUGAAGACUGCUGA